GCCCUGGAUCUCUUCCCAAUCACCCGGGAAAACUUACCAACACAAAACUAAACCCAAGCCUUAUGCUUAAGCUAAAACCAUUACUUAUUUUCAUUUUACCAAAACCAAAGAGAAAAACUCUCUACUCUUUUUCUCUCAAAACUACACACUCUUCACUACUUUUACAUCAUAGUAUUUAAUUAACAUAAUCUUCUUCUGCUGAUUAUGAUGAUGAAGGACGAGACCACCGGCUCCGGCCCCGGAGGAGGAGGAGGGACCAAGGCAUGGGCGCGAGUGUGCGACACUUGCAGAGCAGCAGCCUGCACUGUCUACUGCCGAGCUGACUCUGCAUACCUCUGCUCAGGCUGCGAUGCUCGGAUCCACGCAGCUAACCGCGUGGCAUCGCGGCACGAGCGGGUUUGGGUCUGCGAGGCUUGCGAGCGAGCCCCGGCGGCCUUCAUCUGCAAGGCCGACGCUGCUUCGCUCUGCGCCACUUGCGAUGCGGACAUCCACUCGGCCAAUCCGCUCGCCAGGCGCCACCACCGUGUCCCGGUACUUCCUAUAUCAGGUCCUCCGUCGGUUGACCGGGUCGGUUCGGGCGGUGAUGGGUUCUUCUCUCAGCUUGAGGGAAACGAGGGGAUGGAUGAUAUUCAGGAGCCGGAUGAGGAGGAGGACGAUGAGAGUGAAGCUGCUUCGUGGCUUUUGCUGAAUCCUGUUAAGAACGGUCAGAAUCAGGGGAAUGGGUACUUGUUUGGUGGGGAAGUGGAUGAGUAUUUGGAUCUGGUGGAGUACAAUUCCGGUGUUGAUAACCAGUUUGGUGAUCAUAAUAAUAAUAAUAAUCAUCAUCAGUACAGCCAGAGCAAUAAUCAGAUGCAGCAGAGUUACGGUGUUUCUCAACAGAAAAGCUAUGGCGGUGGUGGUGGGGAUAGUGUGGUUCCAGUUCAGUGUGGAUAUGGAAAAAGCCAAUUGCAGCAGAGCCAGACUGGUUUUCAAUUAGGUUUGGACUUUGAAUCUUCAAAAUCUGGUUACAGCUAUAACGGUUCAAUUAGUCACAGUGUCUCUGUUUCAUCAAUGGAUGUGAGCGUUGUACCAGAUUCAACCAUGAGCGAUAUCUCAAUCUCCAACCCAAGACCACCAAAAGGGACAAUUGACCUUUUCUCAGGGCCACCCAUUCAAAUGCCAACACAGCUCACCCCAAUGGACAGGGAAGCAAGAGUCCUAAGGUACAGAGAGAAAAAGAAGACAAGGAAGUUUGAGAAGACAAUAAGGUAUGCGUCGAGGAAGGCCUAUGCAGAGACCAGACCAAGGAUCAAAGGAAGGUUUGCUAAGAGAACUGAUGUAGAAGUUGAAGUUGACCAGAUGUUCUCCACAGCUCUAAUGGCUGACAAUGGAUAUGGAAUUGUCCCAUCAUUUUAAAUUUUCUUUUUGGCAUUUUCAGAAGAGAAGAUUUUAGUUUUUUUUGAAAAAAUUCACUGAAGUUUCUACUACAACUGCUGAUAUAUAAAUAUAUAUAUUGUACUUUUCUUUCACCAAUUUGUUUGGUCUAGAUGAAUAUGAUAUUAUAUGUCUGCCUGGUGCUGAUAUUUUUGUAUACUUUAUUAUAUGUAAAUGCACAUAUAUGUAUAUUUCUAUUUCAAGUCAAUCCUAACAUCUAGAGCAUAUUGUUC